AUGAAACAAUAUCAGACUCCGAAUUCCGGGCAUUCUCGUUAAGGGAGUUUAAGAGUGUAACGACAACCUUUGGCUGUUAUCAGCAAUUGUCCUGAAUUUUCAUAGUGUGCAAAUUAUCUGCAAUAGAAAGUUUAGGGAUUGGAGUAGAGAGUUAAGAACCUUAAUAGUUAACAUGCAGAGAGACCAGAGAAUCGAUCUACGACUACAUAAAAAAAUGAAUCAUCUUUAUCACCUUUUGUUAGGCAGAAAAAACAAUGCAGCUCAAAUUAGAAAGUAGAUUCUUAGAGUUAUUAUGAAACCAUCAUUAAUAAACGACUAGAAAAUAUUAGUAAAAUUGAUUAAUCUCCGGUGCAUGUCAAAACCGAUAAUACAGUGGCUUAAUAGGAUAAAUAUUCAAUUCAUAGUUAAUUUUCUAAUUUGGGUCCAUACUCAGGAAAAUUGCACACUAACAGUAUUGUGAGAAUCUAGCAGUUAACUAAAAAAUUGAGGAAGUUUAAAAUGAUUAAGGAUUAAAAUUAAGAUGAGUGUGCUCCUUCCUUGGCAAAGAUUAAAUGUUUUUGUUAAGAAUACUAUAAUGAUUGUUUUGAUUUCUAUAGAUGCACUGAUUUGAUAGCCUUGAAAUAUUUCAUCUAUUUGCUUGUAUAAGAAAUCAACACUCUUUUUAGUGAAGAUGCAUUUAAGAUGGCGGAUAAUUCAAUUUAAUAUCAAUAAUAGAUUGAAAUGCUCAAGGAGUAAUUAGACAACUAGAAGAGUGAUUAAGUAAGUUUCUAGAACUAAUUAAAAUUAUAAAAAAUGGUGGUGGAUACUUAAAAAUUAAUAUAAGAUAUUAUUAAUGUUCUAUAGACUAAACACAAUUAAAGUACAUUGAUCAAUUAGGUUGAAGUAUUGAAUAAUUAAAUGAAAAAUAUCAAAGAAAAUAUGUCCACCAAUUAACUGUAAUAUCAAAAUGCGACAUCAUUCGGAUAAUAAUUAGCUAAAUGUGGAAUUGAUGUAAAUUAUCAACAAAGAGUAACAAAUGAUACGUCAGUUAUAAAUUAAUCUAAUUUCAAGACGCAAACAGCAGACGAAAGAAAUUUAACAUAAUUCAGUUCAAAAUCCAAGUCUCCUUAUAGUAGAAAUCAAAAGAAUCUUAAUUUUGAUCUAGAAAAAUAAAUAGAUAUGAAUAAGAAACUAUUGGAUGAGCAAGUGGUAACCAAUAGAUAGUUAAUGGAGAAACUGUUCAAGUUGCAAACAGAAAAAUAAUAGAAUGAUUAGUUAUUGAAGUAAGUGCAGGAAGAGUUGAAAUAUAGAAAUUAAAUAAUAGUGGAUUUGGAAAAUAAUUCUUAGAAGGAUAAUAUAAUACUUAAUGAGAUGAAUUAAAAUUUGGAGAAGGCUGUUUAAUAAAAUAAAGAAUUAUAGAAAGAAAAUUUUAAUUAUAAAGAAAGUAUCGAUCAAUGUAAGAAGAUAGAAUCAAAGUAUUAUGAUUUAUUAUAAUAAAAUAAUAACCAAUUGGAGUAACUCAAUUAAGUUGUUAAAGAAAAUGGAGCUUUGCAGAAAAUUCAAUAAUAAAUAGAAGGUGAAUACAAAGGUUAUUAGCAAUAAAUAUUGAAAUUACAGGAGAAGUGUUAGGCACAAUACGCCCAAUUGCAAGAUCAAAGCGACACAAAGUAUCUAUAAUAGCAAAUAAAUGAAUUAUUAUUAUAAUAAUAAGAGCAGAGCAAAAUAAUAACUUUGAUUACUGAUGAGGCCCUGUAUUUGGGAUAGAUGACUCUUUAUGCCAGUGAUAUAUUGUCUAGACAACCGACUGAUGGGAUUCCCACGACUCUUGUGAUGCUAUAGAAGGACUUAAAUGGAAAGAGAAGCACCAUUCAAUAGAAAAUGAGCAUUCUGUAAUAGUUCGGAAACAAUAUGAAGAAUCAGCAUUUGAUUGCUCAAAGCAGUAGUUCUAGUCAGUUUAAUGAUAAUGUAGAUUUACUGGAAAAUCUACACAGUGAGGCUUCAUCAAUUAGAUAGAAGAAUGUGAGUUCAUAUGAGGAGACUGCUAGCACAAUUCACAAUAAUAACAUCUAAUCAAAUGAUUUAAUGGUGAUGUUGCUAGUGUAAUGUAACACUUUGGAGAAGAUGAUGGAACUGUGA